AUGAAAAAAAAGAAAAGAAAUAAAAAUUAUAUAAGUUGGAAAUUAAAAAACCUGCUAGAUUGGGCAGAGAAAGAAGAAAUAGCAAUCUUGAGAAUAACAGAAACAAACAUUAUAGAAAAAGAAGAGAAAAUCUUGUUAUACAAUCUUAAUAUAAGAUUUAAAAAUUAUUGGGCAAGGGUGUAUAUUUCACCAAAUAACAAAGCAAUCAGUAAGAAAAUACAGCAAAAAAUUGUAAAAAUAGUAACAAACAAGAGAAAGUAUACAGAAAUAGUCAUACUUGGAGAUUUCAAUUACAUACUUAAGAAGCAAGAUUUUACAGACUCAUUUAGAAAUUUGUAUUUAAUAAAAAGAGUAUACAUAUGGUUAAGCCAAGAAGUAGCAACAAGAAUUGACUAUAUCUGGUUGUCAGAAACAAUCACAACUGGUCUUCAAGAAGCCAAUAUAGAAGAAGCAGAAGAUAUAACAGGUAGUGACCACAAGUUACUAACAACAGUUAUAUGGCUAAAGCAUAUAAUUGCAAACCAGAACAGUGCAGAAAUUAAACGUAAAGACCAGAUAAGAACAAUAUAUUUGUAUAAGGAAGUAAAGCAAGAAGAUUGGGAAAAAUAUGCUGAAGAGUUUCAAGCUCAAUUAGAAUGGAAAAAAGCACUAAAGCAGUUAGAAGAAGAUACAAAGAUUAGAAGAAACCAAGAGAUAAAGAAAGAAGAAAAAGAAGAGAUAAACAAGAAGCUUAUAGACAUUGCUUAUAGCUUAACAGAAGAAAUAACAACAAAAGAUGAUAUAGAUCAAAGAGAAGUAAUUUCUCUACUUGUCUGGUGGCUCUUUUAUGAUCCACUGUUGGAAAGAAUUCAAAAAGAUAAACUACUAGGCUACACAGUAGUGCAAGAAACAUUAAAAAAUGCAGACAAUAAUUGUAUCACAAAACAUAAACAAGCAGUGAUUGUCUAUGCAAAUGAUACUACAUGGAUUGCAAGCAGCAAAGACCAACUGCUAAAAAUUCUUGGAAUUGUAGAUGAGUUCUUUAAAGUGAAUGAUAUUAAAAUAAAUAAAGCAAAAUCAAAGCUUAUAGUAAUAAAUUCUAGACUAAAAAAAGAAAAUAGAGAAAUUACAUUCAGGCAGAGUAGAAUAAUAGAAGAACCAAAAAACAAGAUUGUAAGAUCAUUAGGAAUUUGGCUAAAUAGUAGAAUAAAAGAGUUACUAGUCUGCAAAAAAGCAAAAGGAAUAGUUAACCAAACAAUAUUAAAGAAGAAAAAGAUCUUAGCAGAACAUUGGCUACUACAAAAAGUAGAAGGCAAGACAUAUACUAAGAUAAGUAAAUGCAAAGGGUGUGAGAACAGAACAGAACAAAUAACAAACAAUUGUGAAAAGUUGAUAAGAUGGAAUAAUAACUUAAAAGCAGUUCCAGAAACAUUAGUAGAGAAAGGCAAAGAAAGAGAGCUAAUUGAACUUAAACAAGUAGAAGAAUUAGAGACAGAAUUAAUUAAGAAACAAGCAUUUGACAGUAAAGUUAAAGAUAUUAUAAUAGAAGCCCUAUUGAAAAACAAGAGAAGAAACAAAAACAAAUACAUCCUUUAUACAGAUAGAGCAUUAUAUAAAGAGGAAGGAAAAGAUAGUAUAGCAAAAAUGGCAACAACAACAGAAUUAAUAGCAAUAUGGUUAGCAAUUUUAGUUAUACUAAAAGAGAAAGGUAUAAAAGUGUAUACAAAUAGCUUUGCAGCAUUAAGGCAUAUUAAUAGAGCAAUUCAAGUGAUAGAAAAUAACAAAGUUCUAAAAAAGAAAAAUAUGAUGUAG